AUGUUUAGUGAUUCCGCAUUACGAAUACUAGCAUCAAGUGAAUUCCAAAGUUCAGUUGCUGAAGCUUGCAGCAGUGAUGCAGACUGUCCCUGGGGAAACAACUUUACUUGUAACAGUGCAAGAGAAUGCGAGUGUCCAUCUAGUUAUGUCCUAGUUAACAAUGCCCGUUGUUUUUACAAUUGUGGAGAUCCGCCAGUUUUUGAAGUAAAUGGAAUAAAUUUAACCUAUAAAUUUGAUGACGGUUGGCAAGGAGAUCUUGUAUAUUAUAGUUGUCCUGACGGAUAUACUAUGUCAGGGCCUGAUGUAGGGUUGUGUCAAAAAGGAGGCUGGACAUAUCUCUUACCUGUUUGUACACGAGACUGUGGGAAUUUACCAGCUAUAACUAAUGGCAACUUGAACCUUGAUGAUUCUGCAAGCAUCACUGUCGGUAGCAUAGCAACAGUGUCUUGUACUGAUGGAUACACGGAAAAUACCGCCAGUAUUACAUGCUUAGAUGCAGGACAAUGGGAAGUUGCUAACUGUACUUUGAGAGAUUGUGGAGGAUUGGGUUCCCUUGGAAAUGGUGAGAUUGACAACUCUGCUGGCACUAAGUACAAAGCAACAGCAACUUUCAGAUGUAAUAUUGGAUACAAUAUUAAUGGUGCCAAUACAAUCACGUGUUUAUAUAAUGGUUCUUGGAGCUCAUCAGCACCAACUUGCUCUAUUAAAGAUUGUGGUAUUCUCAGUAAUCCAUCAAACGGUAAUGUCUCAACUCCCAAAGGAACGACUUUUGACAAAGAAGCAGUUUACGGUUGUGACGAAGGAUAUAUUUUAAAUGGCAGAGAAACUCGUCUUUGUUUAUCAACAGGAUCAUGGUCUUCCACUGCCCCGACAUGCAUGAAAGAAGUACAAACACCUAAAACUUGUAAGGAGAAUGUAGACAGUAGAGGACUUACUUGGCCAGAAACAAUAUCUGGAAAUACUAGGGAUAAACGUUGCCGAAACGGAUUUUCAGGUUCAAUAUCUAGGACAUGUGGUGCCGGAGGAGUGUGGAACUUGCCACAAUAUGAUUGCGUUCGUGAAUCGAUAAUAAAAGUUAAUGAAACGGUAUCAACGCUGAGUAAAAAUGCAACCGGGGAUGAAGUUGAUACUGUCUUGGUGGACAUUUUAAAAGUGACAGCAGUAAAUGAAACAACUGAUAACAACAAUACUUUAACUGAUGGAGAAUUAAGUGUUCUAUCUUCAUCGCUGGAGACAGUAGCGAAUGUGUUGGCAACAUCUUCUGGAAUCAUAAAUGAAAACAUUACUGAUGAACUCCUAGAAAUUGCGAGUAAUCUUGUUGAUGAAUCCAAUCAGGAGAGUUGGAAGUCUCUUUCUCAGUCGGAGAACAAUGACGAAUCAACAAGAAUGCUAAAGGCCAUUGAUUCCUUAGCUGAGGUUUUGAGUAAUUCGAUUGAGGAUGGCCCCGAAGAUAAUGGAACCCUAAUCGUAAAGAAAAAUAUUGCAAUUGGUGUACAUAAGGUUUCGAAGGUUUCGAACAUCGGUGUAUUAUUUCCGGAUCCAGACAAAACUGUAUCAGUCAAAGAUGAUGCAAACGCCAACUGGUUUAAACAGUCCAGGAGCAGCUUACGUUUAGAAGCAGCCGCUUUGAAAAAUAAAUCAGUGCAAUACGCUACAACAGCCGUCAUGUAUAGAGAUUUGUCCAAAAUCUUGCCAAACAAUCGAAACAAUACAAAUGACUAUACGGACGGUACAGAUAACAUUAUAAAUGCACCCAUUCUUUCGUUGACAAUUUCACCACCAGUGUCGAAUAAAUUGAAUCCACCACUCAACUUAAAGUUUACGCAUAACAUGAAUAACUUCUCCAAUCCAUUGUGCUCGUAUUGGGCAUUUCCGAACGGUAACAUUGGACAAGGCGUUUGGUCUUCAGAGGGGUGUGUUGUAAAAACUACACACACUAACUACACAAUUUGCGAGUGUGACCAUCUGACCAACUUUGCUGUUUUGAUGAGCCCUUUUGUUGAGGCAGAUGCAGCAUCCAAAGCACUCAGAAUAAUUUCUAUGACUGGCAUCGGGAUCUCAAUAGCUUGUUUAGCAGUUACCCUUAUCGUUCACAUAUUGUUUUGGAAGUACUUACGGAAUGAUCGCACCACUGCCUUGAUGAAUUUGUGUGUAGCCCUUUUACUUUCCUACAUUAUGUUUUUGGCGGGAGUCGACAGAACCGAAAGUAUUGUCGCAUGUUCUGUUAUUGCUGCUGUGUUACAGUAUAUGUAUUUGGUUGUGUUCUGCAUUAUGCUGGUGGAAGGCAUUGAUAUAGCAAUCAUUGUACUGUAUGUGUUCAAAACAAAGCCAAGAAUUAAAAUCAUGCUAAUAUUUGCUUGGGUGAUACCUGCCAUUAUUGUUGGCAUUUCUCUCGGUGCUAUACAAGCUGAAGGCUACGGCAACGACAAUUUUUGCUGGCUCUCUGUUGACAAUGGCUUGAUUUGGUCCUUCGUUGGGCCUGCAUUAUUUAUAAUUACUUUCAAUGGAAUAUGCUUAUUAAUUGUGAUUCGCAAAAUAUUCAAAACUAAAGCAAUGGAGACGAAGACAGCUUUGGAAAAAAUAAAAACAAGCUUCCGGUCAUUGUGUGUGCUAGUUCCUGUUUUGGGAGUGUCUUGGAUUCUAGGAAUAUUCUACAUGAAUGAUAGCUUUUACUUCAUUCAGUAUAUUUUUGCAAUUCUAAAUGGACUUCAGGGAUUUUUUAUAUUUUUAUUUCAUUGCCUCCUGAAUAAACAGGUAAAGAAAGCUAUUCAGCUUAGAAAUAGAAGGAGAUCUUCGGCUAAAGAAACAUUAAAAACCACGUGAUAAUAAAUACUUAAUACCCUUCGCCGGAUGUGAAGUUUGCAACGCCGCUGGGAUAUUCUUGGAUUGUAGACGAGCAGCUUCUUUUUAUGUUGAAUCACGUGACAAAUGAACUAGUAAUAUUUCAAAAUCAGGUUCAAACGACUUACAGUUAUCAAGUGGUCUUCAGCAAAACUUUGAUAAUAAAGACACGAUUCCAUGUGCACCAUUGUAAAAUGAAAGUCGUUUAGUGUUAUAACAUGUGCACCUCUUCUACUGUUGCUUGAUCUUCCAUAUGAACAGAAAUGUUCGAGUUAGCCAGUUCAAGGCAUUACUAAUACCCUUGUUGUUUAGUGCGGUUUUUAAUCUAUAUUAUUUGAUAUGUGCAGAGAUUAAUUUGUUUUUACAAUUGUUUUCCAAAGCAAAAGUUUCGUGUUCAUGCAAAAAAUUAAAAAAGCGGCCCAUUAUCAAAUAAACUCAAAUCAUUCUGUGACAAUUAACCAAAGGAAAGUUCUGCUCAUUGCCAAGGCAUAGACAUCGAAGUGUCUGGUUAAAGGUUUGGUGGGAUUAUAUACAAUAUCAUUUAUUUUACGCUUUGCAAGGUGUAAACGAUUCAUAUAUAAUAUCAAACUAUAUAAAGUUUUACACAUACAGAUCAAAAUCAUCAGUUCUUCCAUUUCAACGCAGAGCGGGAAUGGGAUUAUAGAAAUGGCCUCCGAAUGUCAGUCCAUCCGUUUGUCUGUCCGCACUGACAGGACAGUAAUUAUGUGGCUAUAGGGACAAUAGGUAACUUUUUUUUCUCUUUGAUGUCAUUCAUGCGGUAUACUUUUAUGUGGCUAUUUUCUUUUGUGUGGCUUAAAAGAACAAUAGAGAGAACAAUAGAGUAGCCACAUUAUUACUCUCCUGUUAGAACAGACGUUCAUCUGUCCAUAGCACUUUCAUGUCCGCUCCAUAACUUUUAAACCACAGAAUUUUUGUAAAUAACUUGGCACAAGUGAUCACCAUUAUGAACCGAUGUGCAAAGCCCGAUAAUUUGGUUGCUACCCCCAAGGUUAAGGUCACGCUUGAAUUUCAAGUGUUAAAAUUGUUUCAUGCCCGUUCCAUUACUUUUAAACCGCUCAUUAUUUUAAAUAACUUUUGCAAAUGAACAAAAUUAUUAGCCGAUGUGCAGAAAGCAAUAUUUGGGUUGCUACCCCCAAAAUCACACUUAAAAGUCAAUAGUGAAAAAGACUACAUUCCAUGUCCGCUCCAUAACUAUUAAACUGCUGGUAACUUUUUGAAAUUACUCGGUACAAGUGAUCACCAUUAUGAGACGAUCUGCACAGCGCAAUUAUUGAGAUUCUCCCCAUAGGUCAAAUCUAAAUGUUCUCCAUAACGUUUUGACUGUAUGGAAUAUUUGGAAUAGCUUGGCACAAAUUAUAACUAUCAAGGUCAUGGUUUGGUUAAGGUCAAAAAAUAAACAUUCAUGUUCUCUGCGGAAGCGGAUUUAGCGGUCCUUCAGACUGCCUUGUCUCACCUUAUUAAUUUUGCGAUAUAUAAGAAAUAAAUAUUUUUUUGAACAUUAUAGCAUAAAAUCGGCUAUUUUCCCUCUUUUGCCCAUGUUAUAACGGGACCCAAACCAUGUGUUACAUAGUCACGCGCUCUUGUUAUAGCCCGGUUUUACCUAUGCGCCCAUUAAACAAACAAAAAAUGAGGAUUUGGCCUGCUUUCCAGAGUCAUGCCCUCUUGUUAUAUUGAAAUUAUUGAUUCGAGGGCCUCGCAAAGCGGCGAGUAGCAUUCAAGUAACUAUGCCGGAAACACGGCGUAUAGACAUCGCCGCUAAUCUUGGUUGUCGCCCUAUCUAAGAAACGGACAGUUGUCAAUGUAAACAAAUAUCUGUCAUUCAGUUUAACCCUCCGAUUUACUUAAAAAACAAGAAAACACAAAAUGAAUAUGAGAAAAUGUUGUUUUAUUUAUGUUAACAUUGACAAAUGCUCUUUAUAUUUCUUUGAGAGAAUAAUGUUUAGUGUCUGAUUUUUUAUAAACUUGUGUGCUCGAAAAAAAAAAGAUUCUGAUGUCACUGAUCGGUUUUCUUGCGUCAAACUGAAAUCAUUCUAGGAAUUUCUGGAGUCAUGUUCUGCCUUGGGUAGAGUAAUUUAAUGUUGUUGUUUUUUUAAAGUUUAUAAAUCUCCGAUGUUAAGCUUUGUUUAAUCAAUUAAAAUUCGAUAUUUCGUUGGGUCCUGAGCAUUUGUAUUUCCAAAGUUGUUGCCCCCGGAAAAAUAAAACUCAUACGUAAAACAUGUAAAAUUGAUUAAAUACCGUCCAACACAAGGAUUUAAUGUAUGUGUUUUGUAUUUAAUAUACAUCAUGAAUCUGUUUUAAAAUUUUAUGCUAUAAUAGCGUCAACGCAAGUUUAUUUCGUGUUAUAAAGUCUGCAGAGUCCCUCGGAACUGUUGGAGCCCUCGCCCUACCGAGCUCGGGGACCAACGGUUCUUCGGGACUCUGCAAACGUUAUAACACGGAAAAACGUGCGUUAACUCUAUAUUAUAUCAAAUUUUCCUCAUACUAAAUAAGAAACGUAAGCGAUUUGAUUUGUAUAAUGAUUUCUGUUUUGUUUUGUGGCUGAGUACAUUUACGUGUGAUCCUAUUAGAACAAUCAUAGAAUGACGUCAUCACUAUUGUGUUGUUGCUCUCAUGUUUUACAUACUAGAUGUUUCCUGUAAGUAUUUGUUUCUCAUUUUAUAUGUUUGUUUAAAUGUUAUUAUUAUUUUCUGUUCAAUUAACAUUUAGCUGCUAAACGUUAAACAAUCUCAAUACUGUAACCCAACGAAUAUUCGCGACCAAUUAAUAUUCGCUUUAUUCGCGGAUGGCCACGAAGCGCGAAUAUUAGUUUGCGCGAAUAAGUCCGCACGAUUUUGCGAAUAAAUUGGAGAUAAAUUUUUAUUUUAGACGUUGUUCAUGCAAAGCUACUUGACCAGAUAUAUUCGAAUUUUACGGGCACCUGUUAGGAAGUAAUGAAUUGUUAUGAAUAUUGCCAUAAAGCAAUAAAAACAUAAACUAAGUAAACUACUACUAUUUUAAAAAUAUCAGAAUAACUCUAUGUCAAUAUAUAUGUAACGGACUGUGCUCUCAUUUAUGGAUCUCUCAAGAACUUUCGAAAAAAUUUAAUGUCGCACCGCACUUGCAUUUCCAUGUUCACACGCAUAUUUGGCAAUCUUUGCUCUCUGUUCACUAUCAUAAUGACCGUAACUUUCACGUUUACGCUUUACACCACUCUUUGGUGAUAAAAUUUCAAAUACAGCUUUGUUUACCGCUUUAAUCAUUUCUUUUCUUUUCUGGUGUGCUUUCCAGAUCAUGAUCAGGCAAAAACGAUACCGAAACAUCCUUGCAUUCGAAGGGUUUAUUUUUUUAUCAACCACCCUUUUAACGACAUGUUUAGAAAUGAAGACGAACGAUGCGUACAUGUACAUAUAUAGAGAAAAUAUUUUGCUGAAAUGUGAUCACAAUUCACUUACCAAUACAAUAUAAGUCUAGGGUAUUGUUAAUCCCAUUUAAGACACCAAUAAUGACCUCAAUUAUUGAAGAUUAAUAGUCGGCUAAUGGAUUUUGCGGCCCCAUCGGACUUUUCAAUCCGCGAAUAUUUUUUCGGAAAUCAAGAAAACGCGGAAAUUGAUAUUCGCGAAUAUGUCACAGACCUCGGCAAAACGCGAACAUUUGUAUUCGCGAAUAUAAAUUGGGUUACAGUAUACGCUUCUUUUUUGGUCUAAGUAACUAAUGACAAUUUACUACUUGCAAUUCUUAAUAUGAUAAUACUUUGUCCUUAUAUAUUUAUACUUUUUUUCAAUAAUUUACGUAUAAAUAAUUAUGUAUUAUACAAAAAGGAAUCAGAUAAAUAAUUUCUUUACUGUAUCUUUUUUAUUUUUUUUUAUUUUUAUUCAAUUUUAUUAUGUGGACUUCAUUAUUGUAAGAAACAAAUAUCUCACCUUUUUUAAAAUUUAAAUCCCGUUGACGUGGAUUAUUAUAAGUAAUUUUAGCGAACUUCAACCUUUAUGAUCAUACUAAAUCUACAAAGGUGUGACAACUGAUUCUGAUCACGUGACAGUAGUCAUCUGCUUGUAUAAUGUCUGUAUCUUUUUAAAGAGUUUGACAUUACAAGAAGGAAAACACAGAAUAAACAAAGUACGUCACAUUUUAUGAAGAAUUAUUUAUAGCAAAUGAAUUUAAAGAGUAUGAUGCUUAUGAUUCCAGCAAAUGUCUAAGAUA